CAGCUUUAUUUCAAUAUGCGUCACUGAAUACUAGCAGACCCCCACUACACCCGGAAAAAACAAAGCGAAGAAAAACGCGUGCUUCAUCGACGGCUUAAAUCUCCCCUCUUACGCUCCUACUUACCUCUCCUUGCAAGUUCAGAAUUAUUGAAGUGACAGCUUGCACGGUCAUAACCUCAUUUAAUUACGAACUUUUCUGUGCCGCGUUUUACUGGCGUUAACAACCAGAGAGCUGUUAUCGCGCUGAGCCGCAUCAAGAUAAUGGAGUGCGGCUAAUAUGUCCCCACAUAGGCGCUUCAUUUUUUAUGUGACUUGCGUCGCCCCAGGCUCGAUUAAAUCUGCCCUUGUGACAGAAUUUACAGUCGUAUAUGUUGUAAGCUAUCCAGUUACAUAUAUGUUUCUCACCAUUUUCGCCUGUAAGAACGCAAAAAUCGUCUACGCUGUGCUGUAUUUUCGGUCAGAAGCUAUGCCCGAAGCACUGCCGCUCAACGCCUCAAUGUGUCCACACAAACAAGCAUGUCAUCUGUCGUUUUUGAUACUUCCUUUUUUAAUGCUUCCUCCCGAAAGAUGUGAGAACGCGGCAUCGCAUGCGCCCUCUCAGCGAGCAUUCCUCGGCUCAAUGGAAGGCAUUGCAUUAAGAAGUCUGUCACCUACUAAUACUGAAAGUGCUCCAGCCGGUACCACGUUAGCUCUUCCCGCAAUUUCUGAAAGUGGUCCACCUGGUCCCUCGUUCGCUCCACGAAGGCUUCUUACCACAUUACUUCUUCAUUGUGUUCGAAUAGUCUCCGUCAGGUAACCGAAAGCCUCUCCUAAAUGCACCAGCAGGGUCUAUGUCCUCUCAUGCAAAGAUUCCUGGCAAAGAUCCAGACAUUCCACCUGACGGACCAUUGACUAGUCUGCCAGCACUACCUCCCCAUCCUCCAACUGCUCCAGUACCACUCAUGCCGGCUCCACCACCGUUACCAGUGGCACUUGCUGCGGAUGACCCAGCACCUCCUUCCUUAAAUGAUCCGGCAAAACCUUCCGGAAAUAUUCCAGCAGUGCCUAUGUCAGCUCCUCCAAAGCUUCCUGGCGAAGAGCCAGAUGCUCCUGCUGAGCCGCCAUUCCCUAGUCCGCCAGCUUCUCCAAAGCUUCCUGGCGAAGGCCCAAACGCUCCUCCUGAGCCGCGAUUGCCUAGGCCGCCAGCUCCUCCAAAGCUUCCUGGAGAAAAUCCAGAUGCUCCUCCUGAGCCGCCAUUCACUAGUCCGCCAGCUCCUCCAAAGCUUCCUGGUGAAGGCCCAAACGCUCCUCCUGAGCCGCGAUUGCCUAGGCCGCCAGCUCCUCCAAAGCUUCCUGGCGAAGAUCCAGAUGCUCCUCCUGAGCCGCCAUUCCCUAGUCCGCCAGCUCCUCCAAAGCUUCCUGGCGAAGAUCCAGAUGCUCCUCCUCAGCCGCGAUUGCCUAGGCCUCCAGCUCCUCCAAAGCUUCCUGGAGAAAAUCCAGAUGCUCCUCCUAAGCCGCCAUUCACUAGUCCGCCAGCUCCUCCAAAGCUUCCUGGUGAAGGUCCAAACGCUCCUCCUGAGCCGCGAUUGCCUAGGCCGCCAGCUCCUCCAAAGCUUCCUGGCGAAGAUCCAGAUGCCCUUCCUGAGCCGCCAUUCCCUAGUCCGCCAGCUCCUCCAAAGCUUCCUGGCGAAGAUCCAGAUGCUCCUCCUGAGCCGCCAUUCCCUAGUCCGCCAGCUCCUCCAAAGCUUCCUGGAGAAGAUCCAGAUGCCCCUCCUGAGCCGCCAUUCCCUAGUCCGCCAGCUCCUCCAAAGCUUCCUGGUGAAGGUCCAAACGCUCCUCCUGAGCCGCGAUUGCCUAGGCCGCCAGCUCCUCCAAAGCUUCCUGGCGACGAUCCAGAUGCUCCUCCUGAGCCGCCAUUCCUUAGUCCGCCAGCUCCUCCAAAGCUUCCUGGAGAAGAUCCAGAUGCCCCUGCUGAGCCGCCAUUCCCUAGUCCGCCAGCUACUCUAAAGCUUCCUCUCCUCCAAAGCUUCCUGGAGAAGAUCCAGAUGCUCCCCCUGGGCCAUCACUACCUAGUCCGCUAG